ACCCCACUGUAAUUUUCCACCGCAAUGAUGCUCUCCAUUUCCUUUUCAUGGCUGGUGAAAUGCCGAUCAUGAUUCAUAAUCAUCUGCGUACCUUCUUUCUCCUGCUUUUCUCUCGCCUUCGAUCCGAUUGAUUACAGGUAAUGGUAGGGAGAAAAGUGUUGGCCGUGGGAUUCGAUUAGCUGCUAAUAUUUGGUGAACCUGGAGGUCAUUUUGUUGCCAUGGCUGCUGGAGUUUCGUUUUUGAGGAAGAGGAAGACCAUUGGAUUUAUGAGUGUCUUGUCGUCCGCUGCAUCUGAAUGGUUCUUGAUGUUCAUGCUGUUUCUCGAUGCAGCAUUUUGGUAUCUGCUUCUAAAAUUCGCGCGCUAUUGUGAACUGGAAACGCCGUGUCUUUUAUGCUCUAGACUUGAUCAUGGUUUGGGGAAGAAGAAGCAUUCAUUGUGUUGGAGCUUAUUGUGUAUUGCCCACAGAGAAGAGAUAUCUUCACUAGUGUCCUGUUCUGUCCAUUGUAGAUUUGCUGAUGUUCAUAGCAUGUGUGAAGAGUGUCACUCAUCGAUUGCUAAGCAGAAAAAAUCGAGUUCCCUUGAAAACAUGGCAUGUUCCUGCUGCAACAUUACGGUUAAGGCAAAAUCUAACACUGGAAGAUUGCUACAGCUUGACCCCCUUGGUUUCGGGGCUUCUAGGACUACUAACAUUGGGUCCCCUCUGCCACAUUCCCCAAUUUCAACUCAUUUCAGUCACAGCGAUAGCUUAAAGAGGCUUAGAGAAAAGAUUGCUGGAUCGGUGGUGACAGAUGAACCAGCUCAGGAAAAAAGUGUUGGUGUUGAUAUAAAGUCUACUGUAGCAUAUACAAAGCUGAGUCUGUCCUCUGAUUCUGAGUCUGAAUUUGCACAUUCAGAAGAUGAUGAUGAUGUGAACAAUGAUUCUGUUGCUAACACGCCCGUCAUCCUAGAGCAUGAUAUCGAACAAAGACUGCACGAACCACCGUCUGACAGUGAUGCUCUAGACAGCCAGAGGGGUCAGGGUUUUAAUGUUAAAUCUCUAGCUCUUGAUCCGCCUAGUAUGAUUAAAACUAGCGACCACAAGAAUGAUGAUACUUUUUCAUCGGAUGCCAACACAAAUCAUUUUUCUGUUCUCGAUCAGGAAGAAGAGUGUUAUUAUAAACGCGGUUCAUCUUUGACGCGGAAGCUAAUUUCUUUAUGCGACAGUUUCUCACCACGUGGGGGUGCUGUUGGUUCUUCAGCAGAGACAUCUGGAUCCAGUGUUUCUCUCCCUCACCGACGAGCCAUCUCUGUACCACCUGAGGUUAUUUCUGUAUGCAAUGUUGCUCCAUUAUCCAAUGACACACGACCAGAAAAAGUAGAAUAUGCUGGGGAAACCAGUGAGAAUGGAGAACCAUCAGAGGCCAGUCAUGUAAAAGCUACUGUAGGAACUUAUUCGGAUGGUACUCGUUUGUCUACGAUAAAUGAUAAGCAUCAGAUGGAUACUUUGGUUCGUGGUGACGAAACUCUACAACUAUCAUCAAGGAGUGCUUUUGAGCCAACUGACACCCGUGGUUCUGCUAAAAUUGAAGAUUUGGCUGCGGUAUCUACUUCUGAAUUGGGCUCGUUUCAAGAAGAAGGCAGUCAUAGAGCUCAUCAUAAGCAUGAUGAAUUUAAAAUAGGAGGAGAUCCUCAUUCUAAGAUACUUCCGUAUCCAGCCUCAUCAGAGAAUAAUGACUCCUAUGUAUCUGUGGAUGAAAUCGCUGUGAAUGACAUCGAGGGUGAAAGUAUUCUUCAGCAACUAAGACGACAGAUUGAGCAUGAUCACAACUGCCUGAAUUCUUUGUACAAGGAAUUAGACGAAGAAAGAAAUGCUGCUGCUAUUGCAGCAGAAGAAGCAAUGGCUAUGAUUACAAGAUUGCAGGAGGAGAAAGCAGCAUUACGUAUGGAGGCGUCGCAUUACCUACGGAUGAUGGAGGAGCAAGCGGCAUAUGAUACUCAGGCACUGGAAAAGGCUAAUGAUCUUCUUUCUGAAAGGGAGAGGGAAUUGCAAGACCUGGAAUAUGAGCUAGAUGCUUACAGAAAUAACUACCUUGACGAGCCAGAUGAAGAUGAUAUACAAGAAACGAGUCCUGGGGCGUCUAGUGACUCCAAAGCUGAUAAAAUCCUGUGACCCUAUGGCAACUGUAAACCUACGAGUGGCUCAGCAUCAAGCUUUGAAGAUGAAAUAUGUACUCUGGCAAUGUUUGAAGGAGUUGGAGGACCUCCAUCAAGCUCAUUUUCAUAGAAACUUAAAUGAAAUGCCUCAUGGUCCAAGUUCUAGAAAGAAUAAGUAGAGGUUGACAAUCUUGAAUUUAACUCACCAACAAGAUAAAUUUAGAUCAGCAGAAUGAAGAGAAUAGUUCUGUUGUGUAAAAAGUUGUUUCUGUAUCUGCUUAAGAAGAGUUCACUCCCAAGUCCCAACUCAUGACAGAGAAAAUUGAUGUCGAGCUCUAAAGGCGAUGACCAUCCAGCCAGAUUUUCAUCUGCCUACAACAAUCCAGAAAGUUUCAAAAUUAAUGACUGGAAGGGAUCUUCUUUGGCUCACACAGAGCCAUUUCUCAUCAUCUGUCACAAUCGAGGGGGAGGGGCCAAAACAAAUGAUCAAGAUGUUCUGUUCGUUACGUGUCUUCCUAACAAUGGAUGCGGCUUAAUCUUUUACCAAAAGAUCAAGAAAUGGUGCUUGUGGAGUGGAACAUGUAUAAUCGAUAUAAACUUCUAUUUUUUCCUUUUAGUUGGAGAUUCGACUGCAGAGGUGUUCAUUCUCGUUUAAAUUCAUUUACAGUUUUGGUUGAUUCUAUACAUUUGACAAUCUUGUAGUGCGUAGUUGACUGUGCAAACUGUGGAUACGACCGUAUGAGCUUGCUUGCAAGGCCGUAAACGGCUUAGUGCAAGAUGCAGAUUGCUCACCAUGAGUCUAUUUUAUGCUCUGAAAUGUUGUUGCUUGUUUCAA